AUGGGUUACUGGUCUGCUGAGAAUGCUACUAAUGCCUACCUCAAAACUUUGAGAAUGGGCCAAAAGGCAAAAGAGCCAGAUGUAGCUGAAUUCAUUUCAGCAUUAGCUGCUGGUAACAAUGCGCAGCUUAUGGUUGUAGCAUGUGCCGAUGUAGCCACCACCACCACAUUAGCCCUGGUGGCUGCAGCUCAUCAAACCGGCGGCCGUGUGGUUUGCGUCCUUCCUGGUCAUCAAGAAUUACAACUAUCUAAAAAAUUCCUAGGCUGUGAUGCCUGUCACGUUGAGUUUGUUAUUGGAGAAGCUCAAAGUCUGCUAUUAACGAACUAUAGUGAAGCAGAUUUUGUGCUUAUUGAUUGUAACCUUGAAAACCAUGAAGGUGUUCUUGGAGCAGUACAAGCUGGCAGGAAAAGAAAUGGAGCUGUUGUUGUGGGAUAUAACGCAUUUAGCAAGGGAUCGUGGCGGUCCGGUGGGUCUAAAACACAGUUGCUGCCUAUUGGAGGAGGAUUGCUGGUGACCAGAAUUGCUGCCAAUGCAAAGAUUGAUGAUGGCUGUGGUUAUGGAAAGAGGAGCCAUUGGAUUGUUAAGGUAGAUAAAUGUACUGGUGAAGAGCAUGUUUUCAGGGUCAGAUACCCACAAGGGAAACAAAUAGAAGCUUAA